UGUUGUUUAGUUUCAUGGCAUUGAAGUCCAUUUUCUCUCUUUAAUAUCACUCUCUUCUAUACCCUAUUUCAAAUAAGUUUAUAACCGACUCUUCCUCAUAUAAAGCUUCUUUUCUCUAUCUCUUUGUGUAGACAAAUGAAAUGAUUUUAAGGGCAAAAGACAGAAACAAGUUUAAUUAUUAAUGGGGUUUUCUUUGGCUUUUGAAGAAGCUGAACAACAAGAACAAGUAGAUGCAAGUUUUUUAGGUACAAAUAACAAUUCUAUGCUCAUGGCUUCCAAAAACUCACAUGAAUCUCUUCAACAACAACAAAAUCUUCUUCAUCAUCAUCAACAACAACAACAGAAUCAACAUCAUCCUCAUCAUAUGCAUGACCAUCAAAUUUCUUUUGGAAUGAUGCCAUCUUCAUCUUCAUCCUCUAUGCCUAGCAACUACUUAAACAAAGAUUCAAGUGCUUAUGAUUUAGGUGAAUUGGAUCAAGCAUUUUUUUUGUAUCUAGAUGGACAAGCACAAGCUGAUCCUUCUAAUGUUCCAGAUCAAAGACAGAAUUCAUCAUCAUCAGGAAUGAAACCACCACCAACUCUUAACAUUUUCCCAUCUCAACCAAUGCAUGUAGCACCACCACCAUCUAAUUCAAAGGUUAGCAUGGGAUUAACCUCUCCAAUAACAAGUGGCUCCAAAAAACCAUCUCAACCGUCCAUGGAGUUGGCAAACCAACGAAAUGAAAACCCUUCUGCACCUGCACCACCAAAACCUGUCAAGAAAGAGAAUAAUCGCAAGGGUACAACUUCAAGUUCUGAACAUGAAGGACCAAAAACACCAGAUCCUAAGACUCUUAGAAGACUUGCUCAGAAUAGAGAGGCAGCAAGAAAAAGCAGGCUUAGGAAAAAGGCUUAUGUUCAGCAGCUAGAAACAAGUAGGAUUAAGCUUAAUCAGCUUGAACAAGAGUUACAGCGUGCUAGAGCUCAAGGCGUGUUAAUGGGUGGAGGUGCAGUUUUGGGAGGAGACCAAGGAAUUCCAAUUUCUCUGAAUAGCAUUAGCUCAGAGGCUGCAAUGUUUGAUGUGGAGUAUGGGAGGUGGUUAGAGGAGCAUCACAGGCUAGUGUGUGAGCUAAGAGCAGCACUAGAUGAACAUUUGCAUGAAAAUGAGCUUAGGUUAUAUGUGGAAAAUUGUUUGGCUCACUAUGAUCAAGUAAUUAACCUCAAAAAUAUUCUAGCUAGAACAGAUGUGUUCCAUCUUGUUUUUGGAAUGUGGAAAACCCCAGCUGAACGUUGCUUCAUGUGGAUUGGUGGAUUCAGACCAUCUGAACUCAUUAAGAUAAUUGUAAGUCAAAUUGAGCCUCUUACGGAGCACCAGAUACUUGGUAUAUGUGGGUUGCAACAAUCAACACAAGAGGCAGAAGAAGCACUUUCCCAAGGGCUUGAUGCACUCAACCAAUCUCUUUCAGAGACUAUAACAUCAGAUUCUUUAAGCAAUCCUCCUAAUAUGGCUAACUAUAUGGGACAAAUGGCUCUUGCCAUGAACAAGCUCUCCACUCUUGAAAGUUUUGUGAGACAGGCAGAUAAUCUGAGGCACCAAACAGUUCAUCGUCUGCAUCAGUUGUUAACAGUUCGUCAAGCUGCAAGAUGUUUGGUUGCAAUGUCUGAGUACUUUCAUCGUCUUCGAGCAUUGAGUUCUCUCUGGUUGACCCGUCCUCGCCAAGAAUAGUGUGAGUGAUGAGUGUGGUAGAAUUAGUAAUACUAAUAGUGUCACAUAGCUAUGUGCUAUGGCUUAGCUAGAUUUAUAUAUACAUAUAUAUAGCCUUGUUGUUUAAAUAUAUAUUCUAUUUUAUUACUUGGUUAAAUUGUUCGUUUGAUCUUUUAACUAUUUAUCUGGUAUCACUUUGGUACCAUAAUUAUUUUUGGUCCAUUUGAGUCCCUUAAUUUCA